AAAAGCAUCACUGUUAUGCUUAUAAGGAAGAAAACUUAUGAUCAUCACUGGUUUUUGUUCAGUUUGAUUUGAACACUUCGUUCUUCUAACCGAGAGCUUCUUAGAUAUGGGACUGAGUUCUAAGCAGGUUUCUAGCGAUGGCGUCGGAUGGAACCAGGGUCACUCCUUGUUGCAGGCUGCUCAAACGACAGGGCUAACGAAAGCGUCGUCGAUGAAGAGGCGGCGUGAACAAAACCAGCAGCCUGAAUCAGAGCCGCCAUUGAACUGUCCGAGAUGUGAUUCUUCCAACACCAAGUUUUGUUAUUACAACAACUAUAACAAGUCACAACCUAGGUACUUCUGCAAGACUUGUAAAAGACAUUGGACUAAAGGCGGCACUCUUCGCAACGUUCCCGUCGGUGGUGGCCGCAAAAACAAGCGGAUCAAGACGUCCGCCGCCUCCGGUCUUAUCAGUAGGCUCGAUAACUUUAUCGCAGUUCAACCGCAGGACCGUGAUCAGCUUCGUUCAUCAUCUUCGUUCAAUGGGGUUUUCUUGUAUUCUUCUACCAUGUCUCAAGGCUUACAGUUUCCAUUUUCGAGUUCGAGUUCUUCUGAGAAAUCUCCGUCUGCAGUAUCGACCUCAUUUCAAUCUUCGAGUAUCUAUAAUUACAGUGGGGAAACAAUGGAUCCGGAUCAAACCAUCAUCGUGCCCGUCAUAAGUGGCACUUAUUCACAGACAUGGCAAGAACCUAUUUCGAGCAGUGGCAUUGAAAUGGCGAAUUGCUACUGGGAUUGGGAUGAUAUUGAUGAGCUUGUCUCUACAGAUUUAAACAUUCAAUGGGAUGAUUCUCAGAUCAUCAAACCAUGAGAA